UCGCGCGAGCGAACGCCACGAUGUACGCUUGGAGCGCGUGGGGCGCCUGGAGCGCGUGCUCGCGCACGUGCGGCGGCGGCGUCUCCGUGCAGGAGCGCCAGUGCCUGCCCAGAGCGCCUGCCAGAAUGCGUAGAAGCAGAAAAAGAAGAAAACUGUCUCGAAGCACAGAGUUAGCGAGGCGCACGCGCAGCGCAGCCAAGCCUACGUCAGACCCGGACUGUCCGGGGCUCGGCCGUCGGUACCACGAGUGCAACACUGCGCCAUGUCCCGGGCCGCCGCGGGACCCGCGAGCCGAGCAGUGCGCGAUCUAUGACAGAAGGCCGUUCCGGGGACACUUCUACACCUGGGUGCCGUAUGUUGAUGGUGACUCCCCCUGCACCCUGAACUGCAGACCGCGGGGCCAGCAGUUCUACGCGUCCCUCGCUCUAGUCACAGAUGGGACCCCGUGCACCAGGCCUGGCUUCAGGGCGAUAUGCGUGCAAGGCUCCUGCAAGGUUGUUGGCCGAGAAGGAGUGCUAGCUUCAACAGCCACACGUGAACUCCACUGUGGCAGAAGACUGGUGUCAGGCCUGUUCUCCCGGCCGCGACUGCCGCUCGGCUACUCGUACGUGACGACGGUGCCGCGCGGGGCCUGCCGCCUCAACGUCUCCGAGAUCGUGCCCAGUGACAACUACAUCGCCUUGAAAGUGACGAAUGGUUCGUACAUCAUGAACGGGGAGUUCGCAGUCAGCGCCCCCGGGACGUACGAGGCGGCCGGGGCCCGGUUCACUUAUUCCCGCACCGCUGGCCUGGACAACGUCUUCGCCCUCGGCCCUAUACACCAUCCCAUCGACAUUAUGAUUCUCUACACACAACCGAAUCCGAACAUAAAGUACGAGUUUCUAACAGACUCCGAGCCUGAAGAAAGCAACGACAUUCCGAUGAGCAGCCAGCCGGCCCACCACUUGCCGAGGCACCACCGGCAUCACCCCGAAACGCACAAGAAAGACCUCGACCAUUCGAAAUCGGAAUCUUCGUUGUCGAAGCAUCCAGAUUUCAGCGCGUUAGAAAGCCAAUCACAGAUCGAAAGCAAUGUGAUCGGUGAUAGAAAAUUUGUAUGGAAGAUUCUGUCGUUCACGCAAUGCUCCAGGACUUGCGGUGGGGGGUUACAGAUAGGGAAGUUCAAAUGCGUGGAGGUAACUGGGAAGGAGGAUAAGGAGGUGUCUUCGGCGUAUUGCACGGGUGCUCCGCCCCCGACUCGGCGGCGUCGGUGUGGGGGCGCCCCUUGUCCCCCAAGGUGGAGGGCGGCGGCCUGGGGCGCCUGCCCUGUCUGCGGACCUGCCCAAAGGACCCGCAUCGUUGGCUGCGUUCAGGACCACGCUAGAGGAAUCACGAAGAUAAGUGAUCAAAAGUGCCCCCUGCCAAUGCCGCCGAGCAGUGAACCAUGUGAUAUUCCCAACUGCGACGGGACCCCCGUGGCCCCCGCCGAAAGUCCUCGUCUCGACACCCGCCGGCAAGUGAGGCCCAAGGACCGCACCGAUGCCUUCCACGAUGGGCCAGUCAUAUCGUUAGCCACCAACUUCACGGAAAAUGACGUCACUCCAGUCAUGUCGCCGAAUUACAACUUCAACGCUGCUGGAGGCUGGUUGUACACGGAGUGGUCAGAGUGCGUUGGCUGGUGCGUCGGCGGCGGCGUGCAAUCGCGCGGCGUGCGGUGCGCGGAACCAGGCGGGUGUAGCACGCGUGCGCCUGUUUCCACCCAAACAUGCUCGCCUAGGAAGCAGUGCGACGCGCAGUGGUUCACCAGUGAAUGGUCAGCGUGCUCCGCCCCUUGCGAUGGGCGUCAAGUGCGAGGCGUCAUUUGCAUCGGAGGGAACGGCAGGAGACUCAGGGACGGUUCCUGCAGGACCCUCAAACCUGAGACUGAGAGGGCCUGUGGAGGAACCUGCGCUCCUUCGUGGUACUUGAGCGAUUGGAGUCAGUGUGAAGGCCCAUGCGAAGCGGGAGUGCAAACUCGCACAGUAUGGUGUGCGAAGGGGGGAGAGAAGGGUGCGGGAGGGGCGGCGCGUGACGCAGAGUGCGCGGGCGUCAGGCCUGCUGCUCGAAGAACUUGUGUGCCUUCCCGCUGCUCUACUAAGCCCGUCGCCAGGCCUAGGGUUGAACCCCAACCGCCUUCUGUAACAGACCCGCAACAGCGGGUAACACGUCACCAAAGCCACAGUACACAGAAUUCUAACGGUUCAUGCACGGACAAACGCAGCAACUGCGCAUUGGCCGUGCAAGCGCGGUUAUGCCACUACCCCUACUACGCCGAGUACUGCUGCCGCUCCUGCCACGGACGGGCGUAGCGCGGUUGGCACGUUGGAACAUCGGCGCUAUGACACGUAUUGUGAUACAAAGUGGACACAUAGUGAGAUACGUACCUAAUCUAUAGCUGCGACGAUCAAAUGGUUCCUCGCCGCUUCCACGGGGGAUUAGAGGUGUUUCCUAAAACUUAUACAAACAAAACCAAAGAAAUUUUAAUGUGUUCGCAGAGAGGCACUGCGUUUUGUAUAAGAGCAGUUCAAAUAUACGUUUUCUACCGCACCUAUUUCAAUUAUAUGCCAUGGUCAAGCAUGAUAAUAUAACAUUGUCCGUACAACUCGAUUGAGCUAACUACGCACCUCGCUGGAAUGCGACUCUUCUUUCCACUUACCUCCCCGCGGUCGCCCCGUCUGUACCAGAGCGUCGAUGUGACGUCACGGCUUCCAAGUGCGCAGUUUACUCUACCGUAUUGUACUAUAUACCAAUCGAGGCUUCAUAACUAUCUUUAUAAACAGCUAUCAAUGAUGACUUCAUAGGAUGAUGCAUAAUAAUUAUGCACGGACUAGAUAAGAUUAAAAUUACUGCAAGUCUUACGUACCUCUGUAAUGAACAUUGAAAUGUCUUUGGAAAAGUGCAGGAAAGUGAGGGGCUUAUACAUUUAUUUUACGACGAUUUAUCUAGAGAUAAUAAGUGCCAAAUAGUUUACGGAAUUUACAGUUUUGCUGAUGUAAUUGUGUCAACAAUUAUACAAAAGAUAUUUCCGUAAAUUGAGCUAUCAAUUUUAAGUUCGUCGUAAUAUAAAUGUAUAGUAAACAAUGACGUACCAUUUGGGAUGAUCUAUCCCGUUAUUUUUUCAAUAAUAUUUUAAGGUAUAUUCACAUUGUAUCAAGACUUGUCAUAAAUAUGUUAUACCUGAUGACAGACAUAAUAAUUUACUGGUUUCCGAGCAGAUGUGAAUGUACCUUCAACAGGGGAUCCCCCGCCAACCGUAGUCGUCUAUCGUCUAUUUAAGUAUUAGAAAUAGUUCUGUGAUCUCCAUUUAGUCGAGUUAUGGAGCUGAUCUGUGGACUGUAGCUUAUAUUUGGUGAAAAAUAUUACUUUUGUGCUUAUGUUUAUAUCUGCACAACAUUUACCAAGCACCAUUUUAGAGUUGUCAAAAGUUCAACUUUCAACGUAAAAGUACUUAUAAAGUUUUCAUAAAAUAGCGCGACUAUCUUAAAUUAAGUGAGUGAAUGUACAUAAUGUUUGGUAAUAAAAAUGUUAUUUACCAAUUACAUUAAAUGAACGUUAAACUCUUGCAUUACAUAAGGUAUGUUUGUGAAAAUUGUGUAAAAUAGUUACAGUUAUCUAUGACCUUUUUGUAAAUUAAAUUUGGUCGUACAUAUUACAAUACAAACUUGCCUGUAUUUUAACUAAUUUCGAAUAUUAUGCUUAGCUUUUAAUACUGCAGUUACAUCGCAAAAUUUUCAAAGUAAAUGUAUGUUAUGGCAGCUUAUCAAAACCAUUUUAUUGUGACUUAAUCUUAGCAGCAGAUUUUUAUUAAAGCAUAAUAUUUCUCGAAACCAUCAGUUGCGUAUUCAAUCAAAAUAGACUAAGAUAUUGGUGUUUUAACCUAUGUACUACAUAGUUAGAUUAAGAACGAAUAGUAUUUUUAAUUAUUAGUGAACAAUCAAUUUUAUUAUAAAUGCAUUCAAAAGGUCACAUGAACCAAUCUAAAAAUAAGUAAAAUUAAAUAAAAAGAUACGUUCAUUGACUUUUUGCAUCCUUAGAAACUAUGACAAGUGUUCAUAAUUUAUUUUGCUGAUUCAAUAUAAUAUCAAAGAGUAUAUUUUGUAGAAUUAAAAUGUAAAUAUUUAAUUUUAUAUGUAUAGUGCAUUUACUUACGGGCUGUUAAGUAUUUAUAUGACUUAAAUAAACUUGGUACCAUCACAAUAAAUAAUUAAUCAGUUUGCAAACAUAAUAUCAGUUUCUUUUAAUCUGUCAGUACUAAUGAUGCGUAUAACAU